GCCUCUUGUAUUGGUCUUUCCCUGUUCCAUAUAACGUAAUAUAAAGAAAAGCUUAGAAUUUAGAAGCGAUGUACACAAAGAAGAUGAGCUACUUUUGCGGCUCUAACAAUCUUGUCAUGAUGUAUAUUCUCUUCAUCUUCUUCUUCAUCAGAUCUUCGAUGGCGGAACACGAUGAAGAUCAGUUGUUCGAAUUGUUUAGCAGAGAGGAUAUGGUGCAGGUGGCUGGUUAUGGAGAAGAGAAGCUCUCCACAGUCCUAAUUUCAGGCUCUGUCCAUUGCGAAACUUGUUUACAUGAUGCUCAACUUCAUGCUUGGCCUAUGUCAGGUGUUUUGGUUGGCAUAAACUGUCAUAAAAAUGGUAAAAGGAGCAAAUCUAAUUGGGUACGGGCUGUCACAGACGAAUUUGGGGAUUUCACAAUUGAUCUUCCUUCCAACCUACAUUCCAUUCCAAACUUAGACAAAUCAUGUAGGGUUAAAGUUCUUCGAGUACCAAAGAAAUCAAUGUGCCAACCAACUUAUGUCAGGAGGCACAAGGGGUUGAGAUUAUCAUCAAUUCAAAACGGUGUUCGAACUUAUAAUGCCGGAAGGAUAAGGUUCCAGCAUUCGUCAUCUACGCCCAUAGAAGCAUGCGUUAAGAAGGGAAACAACAACAUGGCAUCAUAGAUGAAAAGGUUCAAGCAAUGGAUCGAUGGGGAUGUAGCACCACAGCUCAUCUAGAUGGCGCAUCAGUCACAGCAUUGAGUUAGGAAGGUUUAAUCCCAUUUCUACCAUCAGGUGUAAAAUGCAUAUGAGUGCGAAACAGAGUGUGAUGACAAAUAUAGCAUAUAUGUAUAUACAUAUAUGUACAAUCAUAUACAAGCCUAGUGUGAUUAAAUACGUUAUGGACAAUACUAAAAGUUUUUCCCUUCGAAAAUCG